UAUGGAACUGUGCUCAGAAAUUUCGCGUCUUGCUCUCACGAAAGACGAAAAGGCGGCCUUGCAUAGGUAUUUUACUAGGAACCCUAUUCAGAAAGCAGAAGCAGUUAUAAUAUUCUACCAACCUGUGAAGAUGAUGAUGCAAGGGCUCAGUAUCUGCGGAGCCUCUUAG